UUUCUGGGGGAUUUUUUCAUUAGAUAUUCAUCGUUAAAUUUGAGGGAUUUUUUUAAGAUUAGAGGACCUACUUUUUCUAUAAAAGCGCAGGAAAAUUUAGAAUUGGACAUCAGUUUUUCGAAAUUGCAAACAUGAAGGCUUUCUUCGUUCUUUUUGCUCUGGCUUUGGCCGCUCCUGCUUUCGGUCGCACCAUGGACCGAUGCUCCUUGGCUCGUGAGAUGUCCAACCUGGGCGUUCCCCGUGACCAAUUGGCUCGUUGGGCCUGCAUUGCCGAGCACGAGAGCUCCUACCGCACCGGAGUGGUGGGUCCCGAGAACUACAACGGAUCCAACGACUACGGCAUCUUCCAGAUCAACAACUACUACUGGUGUGCUCCUCCCAGCGGUCGCUUCUCCUACAACGAGUGUGGCCUGAGCUGCAAUGCUCUGUUGACCGAUGACAUCACCAACUCGGUUCGUUGCGCCCAGAAGAUCCUUGGCCAGCAGGGAUGGUCCGCCUGGUCCACCUGGCACUACUGCAGCGGAUGGUUGCCGUCCAUCGAUGACUGCUUCUAAGCUGUAGUUCCUGAUUCGUAAUAAAAAUGAUUUGAGCAAGAA